AUGCUCCCCCGACAACGCGUCCUCCGGUUACCUUCCUCGACCACCUCUCCGCUUCUGCGCAGCACAUCCUCGCGGGCCCUGGCCCUCCGUUCGUCUCUUCCCCUCUCAAUACGGCAAAGACCUCACUCUCGGCACAAUGGGGUCUCCCUCUCAAGCUCUCACGGCACUAGGCCCGCACCGUUGGCCAGCUUCUCCACAUAUCCCGCGCUAGGGAAGAAGAGCAGCAGCAAUAACAACAGUUUCUUCGAGCCGGCAGAGCCGCUGUCGGAGGAGGAGAAGAAGGCAAACAAGCAGCAUACUGAGGCCGAGGAGAAGGAGAAGGCUGUGACGACCAAGUCGAAGUCCUCUUCCUCGGAGGCUUCGAGUGGGAACAGCCAGGGCAAGCCGGAGCCCCCGGACAGUAGGGGAACUGCCGCUGGAGGAGCGGGCUCAUCGGGGUCGGGUGGUGAUGACGUCGGCUCUGGGGGCAGCAGCGGCGGCAGGCGAGGGCGCAGGGGCGAAAAGGCGCUCGUGAAGCCUGCCGUGCCGGAAAUUUAUCCUCAGGUGCUGGCUAUACCGAUUGCUAAGCGCCCGCUGUUCCCUGGAUUUUACAAGGCAAUUACUAUUAAGGACCCGAACGUCGCCGCUGCUAUUACGGAGAUGUUCCGUCGAGGCCAACCCUAUGUCGGUGCCUUCAUGCUCAAGGACGAGAACGCCGACGAUGAUGUGAUCCAUAGCCUGGAUGAUGUCUACGACGUUGGUGUCUUCGCCCAGGUUACCAGCGCAUUCCCCAUGAACUCGCAGAACGGCGAGGGCACCGGUAUUACUGCGAUCUUGUACCCGCACCGCAGGAUCAAGCUUACCUCGCUGAUCGCGCCGAAGAGCGAGGAGGAAAAGCAGAAAGAGAAGGAGGCUGCCGCGGAGACGGUGCCCGAGGUUAUUCCAUCCAAGGAGUCCGAGGAAAAGGGUGAUGUGGUCGCCAGCUUCGAGGAGAGCGCCGUUGAGACGCGCAAGCCUGAGCCUGUGCGCAAGGGUUACGAGGUGACUUCGUUCCUGAAAAAGUAUCCCGUCAGCAUUGCGAACGUCGAGAACCUCGUCGAGGAGCCGCACGACCCCAAGAGCCAGGUCAUCCGCGCCGUGACGAACGAGAUCGUCAAUGUCUUCAAGGAGGUCGCCAGCAUGAACAGCCUGUUCAGAGACCAGAUCUCGACCUUCUCCAUCAGCCAGUCCGCCGGCAACGUCAUGUCAGAGCCUGCUAAGUUGGCCGACUUCGCCGCCGCCGUCUCGGCCGGAGAGCCCCAAGAGCUACAGGAGGUCUUGGAAGCUCUGAACGUCGAGGACCGCAUGCACAAAGCGCUCCUGGUGCUCAAGAAGGAGCUAGCCAACGCCCAGCUGCAGGCCCGCAUCACCAAGGACGUCGAGCAAAAGAUCACCAAGCGCCAGCGCGAGUACUGGUUGAUGGAGCAGAUGAAGGGCAUCCGCCGCGAGCUGGGAAUCGAGUCGGACGGCAAGGACAAGCUGGUAGAGAAGUUCAAAGAAAAGGCAGAUAGUCUGGCCAUGCCCGAGGCUGUGAGGAAGGUCUUUGACGAAGAGCUAAACAAACUCGCUCAUCUCGAGCCGGCCGCGUCCGAGUUCAACGUCACGCGGAAUUACCUCGACUGGCUGACGCAGAUCCCGUGGGGCAUGCAGAGUGUGGAGAACUUUGACAUCAAGAAUGCGAUGAAGGUGCUCGAUGAAGAUCAUUACGGGCUGAAGGAUGUCAAGGACCGGAUUCUGGAGUUCAUUGCCGUCGGCAAGCUGCGCGGGUCUGUGGAGGGCAAGAUCCUUUGUUUCGUCGGUCCCCCGGGUGUCGGCAAGACUUCGAUCGGCAAGUCUAUCGCGCGCGCCCUCAACCGUCAAUAUUACCGCUUCAGCGUCGGCGGCCUUACCGACGUAGCCGAGAUUAAGGGCCACCGCCGCACCUACGUUGGUGCCCUCCCCGGCCGCGUCAUCCAGGCCCUCAAGAAGUGCCAGACCGAGAACCCGCUUAUCUUGAUUGACGAGAUCGACAAGCUCGGCCGCGGCUGGCAGGGCGAUCCGUCAUCUGCCCUGCUCGAGCUACUUGAUCCAGAACAGAACAGUUCGUUCUUGGAUCACUAUAUGGAUGUCCCCGUCGACUUGUCUAAAGUGCUUUUCGUCUGCACCGCCAACAUGACGGAUACCAUCCCGCGCCCGCUGCUCGAUCGCAUGGAGGUAAUCCGCCUGUCGGGGUACGUGUCGGACGAGAAGGUGGCCAUCGCGGAGCGGUAUCUGGCGCCGCAGGCGCAGGAGCUGGCUGGGUUAAAGGGUGUCGAUGUGCAGUUGACCAAGGACGCGAUUCAGGAGCUGAUCAAGUCUUACUGCCGUGAGGCAGGUGUGCGCAAUCUGAAGAAGCAUAUCGAGAAGAUUUAUCGGAAGAGCGCGCUGAAAAUUGUGCAGGAUUUGGGCGAGGAGGCGUUGCCUGAAGCGGAGGCACUGACCGAGGAGGGGAAGGAGGCUCAGGCUAAGGAAGAGACCGAGAAGCAGAAGCUUGUGGAGAAGGAGAAGGAGGAGAAGGACAGGAAGGCCAAAGACAAGAAGGACAAGUCUGCCAGCUCUGAGGCUACCACUGCUUCUGCCAAAGAAACGACCGCCAAGCCUCGCCAACCUCUCAAAGUUCCCGACACUGUCCACGUCACCAUCUCCAAAGACAACCUCAAAGACUACGUCGGCCCCCCUGUCUUCACCUCCGACCGCCUCUACGACGUCACGCCCCCCGGCGUGACCAUGGGCCUCGCCUGGACCCAGCUGGGCGGCGCAGCCAUGUAUGUCGAGGCCAUCCUGCAAGCUUCUCUCAAACCGGGCUCGCGCCCUUCCUUCGAAAUCACGGGCAACCUUAAGACCGUCAUGAAAGAGUCCUCGACCAUUGCCUACUCGUUUGCCAAGUCCUGGAUGGCGCGCCAGUUCCCUGAUAACCAUUUCCUUGAGCGGGCCAAGAUUCAUGUGCAUGUGCCGGAGGGUGCCGUGCAGAAAGAUGGUCCGUCGGCGGGUAUUACUAUGGCCACGUCGUUGCUUUCGCUGGCGCUGGAUACACCCGUUGAUCCGACAGUCGCGAUGACGGGUGAGCUGACGCUGACGGGCAAGGUGUUGAGGAUUGGCGGGUUGAGGGAGAAGACUGUUGCGGCGAGACGGGCAGGUUGUAAGAUGAUUGUGUUCCCGCAGGAUAAUAUGUCGGAUUGGCUGGAGUUGCCGGAGAACAUCAAGGAGGGCAUCGAGGGACGCCCGGUCAGCUGGUACUCGGAGGUGUUUGACAUCAUCUUCCCGAACCUGGACCGCGAAAAGGCAAAUAAGUGUGUGGCGUGCGAGCUGAAGAAGAAGCAGGAGGCGGAGGAGAAGGCCAAGAACGAGGCGAAGAAGAAGAAGGGGGAGAGCGAGGAGAAGGAGGAGAGUGACUGA